UCGCGAUGAAGAAAUUUUUGUUAUAUUUACACUGGGCCUAAUACUCGUACACGUUCGUUAAUUGCGUAAGAAAAUAUUCUUCCUCUAGUCAUUUUAUCGCUACCUGCCAGACGUUUUGAUAACAAAAAAACAACACUAACAAACAUUAAAAACACAAUUCGACGCGACUGUAUCUACACGAAACGCCAGUCUAAUACUCACGACCGCUAGCCGAAUGAGCACGGUCAGUGUCACGGCAACUGCCCGCAAUGCCGCACACCAUAAUCAAAUUAUUGUUACUAGUAGCCGGUGUAACUGUAAGUGUUACACAAGAUACACAGGAUGUAAGGGAAUCAAGAGUAGUGCAGACCGCACAGGGGCCCGUGAGGGGAUAUAAGAAGGAUGAUAUCUUCUAUUUUUACGGGAUCCCGUAUGCCACGGCGCCUACUGGAACGCGCAGGUUCACUGCACCGCUUCCUGGACCAGUAUGGAUGAACACACUUGAAGCAGUCAAUGAUAAGAUACUUUGUCCACAAGGCAAAUUUCCGAUGGUUAACUACCCAUUAGAUUUUGAGAUGCGAGAAGACUGUCUUGUAGCAAACGUCUAUGUACCUGAAACAGAAGAGACUAAUCUCCCUGUCGUAGUUUAUGUCCAUGGAGGAGCUUACCAAUUAGGAGCCGGAGUGUUUGGGUCACCAAGCCCAUUAGUGCAUACCAAAAAAGUAAUAGCUGUCACUUUCAACUAUCGCCUGGGAGCGCACGGAUUCCUCUGUCUGGGAACAGAAAAUGCUCCCGGUAACGCUGGAAUGAAAGACCAAGUCGCGCUGCUUCGAUGGGUACAAAAAAACAUCGCCAGCUUUGGGGGAAAUCCUAAUGAGGUCACUAUUGCUGGAUACAGCGCUGGAUCGUCAGCAGUGGACCUCCUGAUGCUUUCAGAAAUGACCAAGGGUCUUUAUAAUAAAGUUAUACCCGAGAGUGGUGCAAGUGUUGCAGCGUGGAGCGUUCAGAUUGAUCCUGUUCAAAAUGCGAAAGAUUUUGCUAAGCAGCUUAACUUUACUAACGUUGAUAAUAUAAAUAGUUUAGAAGAAUUCUACUCAACUUUGUCUUAUGAGGCUUUGACGUCGGAUAUUUUCUUUGAUAGGAAGGAUUCGAUUUUCUUGUUUUCACCUUGUGUUGAACGUAAUACCGGCGUUGAAAUGUUUCUAGAUGAUACUCCAGUUAACAUUUUAACACAAGGAAAAUAUAGAAAAGUGCCAGUUCUGUAUGGAUUUGCCAAUAUGGAAGGUUUAUUCCGGGUGCCAUGGUUUGAGCAAUGGCAAGACUCAAUGAAUGAACGAUUUUCGGACUUUUUGCCAGCUGAUUUACAGUUUAAAAACCAGGAAGAAAAGGAGCGUAUUGCGAAAGAUAUUAAAGAAUUUUAUUUUGGCGAUAAACGCAUAUCGGCUGAAACUAUUCAAGGGUUUAUCGACUACUUCUCUGAUGUCAUAUUUGCAUUUGCACAUUUAAGAUCAGUUAAGAUGCAAGUGAAGGCUGGUAGUGAUUCAAUAUACCUGUAUGAAUAUUCAUUCUUUAGACCACACCCCGAAAAUGCUGGUAUUCCGGAAUACGUGAAAAAUAUCAAAGGAGCAGGUCACUGUGCCCAGACUUUUACGGUACUGGAAACAGGUGCAUUUGGCGUGAACGUUGGUCCUGAUUCUGAUGAAUACAAGAAAAUGAAGAACAUUAUGGUUGAGCUCUGGGUGAACUUUAUUACUACAGGUAAACCAGUACCUGAAGGAUCAAAUCUUCCUUCUUGGCCCCCGGUUGGUGCUAACAGGGCGCCCUAUAUGUCUCUAGGAGAAGAGAUAAAGCUCAAAGGGCCUCUCUUGGAGGAACGUACACUCUUUUGGGAAGACAUCUACGAACGGUUCUACAGAUCUCCAGUGGCACCAUCUACACGCAAAGAUAGAAGCGAACUUUAACACAGAAAAGAAACUUUCAAUUCUUGUAAAAUAAUUGUUUCUUAUUAAAAGUGUUUUUGAUGAUGAAUUCAUGAUCACGAAGAAAAAUAAUUGAAAAUUGCGGUCAGCUUGAUAGUUUUGCUUACCGCUAAUUGUCACUAAGGAUCUAAUAUUUUUUGUUCAUACCUAAGUAGUUUUUAAGAAGAGUAAUAUUUUUUAAGAAUUGGAUAAGAUUUCUCAUUGGGUUUCUAUCAUUACCAAAACAAUUGAUUAGAAUGUGUAGUAAUAAAUUGUAUUAUGCUUUCAUUUCACAUAAAAUAUUGUUACAA